UUAUCUAUGGUUAUAUGUAUUUGCACGUGUAUAGUUUAUAUUUGUCAUAAUAUUGAAAUUAUUUUUAUAUAAUUAUUAAUUUUAUGUUAUUUAAUUUAUUUUAUUAUCUGUAAUUCACAUAUCAAUUAUAACGCGAUUUUCUUCAAUUUCUCAAUACAUUAUAUAUUAAUUCUAAUCUCAGAUUUCAAACUUGUGAUACUAAUAUUAUUGUUGAUAAACAAAAAUUGGUUUUAAAUAAAUAUUUGAUAUUGACUUCAUGUUAUUUUUUUGUUAUUGUCUUCAUUUUUUUUAAUUUCUUGUUAUCUUUAUAAAUAAAUGUAUUUAAUAAUUGAGUAAUAAAAUUUGCAUUUAUGUGAUUUAAAAAGUUUAUGUCGUAAGAAGGUUAUGCUCAAAAUUUGUUUUUCUCGAUUAAUUCGGGUACGAAAUAUGAGUAUCUUUAUUCAGUGUUUAAAUCCUUUAACGGGAACAAUUAAUUGGGAAGAAAAAGAUGAAAAUUAUGAUUAUCACCAAGAAAUUGCUCGAUCAGCAUUUGCUGAUAUGUUGCAUGAUCAUGAAAGAAAUCAAAAAUAUUACCUAGGUAUUAAAGCUGCAAUUGAAAAAAAGCAUCAGAAUGGAGAAGAAGCUAAUGUACUUGAUAUAGGAACUGGAACUGGUUUGUUAUCAAUGAUGGCUGCUAAAUGUGGUGCAGAUAGUAUUACAGCUUGUGAAGCUUUCACACCAAUGGCUAAAUGUGCUAUAAAAAUAAUUCAAGAAAAUGGUUUUGAAAACAAAAUUAAAUUAAUACAUAAACGUUCUACAAAAAUGACUAUUGGAAAGAAUGGUGAUAUGAUUAAGAAAGCGAACAUUUUGGUUACUGAAGUAUUUGAUACUGAACUUAUUGGAGAAGGAGCACUUUCUACAUUUCGUCAUGCUCAUGAAAAUCUUCUUGAAGAAAAUAGUAUUGUAAUUCCACAUAGUGCUACUAUUUGGGUACAAGUAGUGGAGAGUUCUGCUGUAUGUGCAUGGAAUACAAUAUGUCCUAUUAAAGUUAAAAAUAAGUAUUUAUUAAACACUCCACAUUCUGUAAAAUCUUGUUCUGGGGCAGCUGCAGUACAUGAUAUACAAUUAACACAAUUUCCUGAUGAUGCAUUUAAGCCUUUAUUACCUCCUCAACCUAUAUUUAAGUUUGAUUUAUCUGGUAAAUCAACUCUAUUAUAUGAUGAGAAAAAAUGUUUACAUGUAAAACCAAUUAUAAAUGGUACUGCACAUGCUAUUUUUAUGUGGUGGGAUUUAAUUAUGGAUGUAAAUAAUCAGGUUUUAUUAAGCUGUGCACCAGUAUGGGAACACCCAGAUACAAAAAUCUUACAAAAUAAAGGUUUCAGUUUGAAAACAAUAGCAGAUUUAAUACCAUGGAGAGAUCAUUGGAUGCAAGCUAUUUAUUAUUUACCUGUUGAAACUCCAGUUACUGUUAACAAUGAAGUUAGUUUAAUUGGGUAUCACGAUGAAUAUUCAUUAUGGUUCCAAUUAAUAAAUGAAUCAAUAAAUGAAGCACCAGAUUGUGAAAGACCUGUCUGCAGUUGUAAUGUACAUGUGGCUUAUUGUAGAACUCGAAUAGGACAAUUAAAUGAUUGUACACGAAAUGAAAAAUAUAUCAAAGUUUUAGAAGAAAAAAUUACACCAGACAAUAUGUUAUGUCUUUCGGACGGUUGUUUAUUGGGUCUUGCAGCUAUUAAAUUAGGUGCAAAAAAGAUAUUCGUUUUGGAGACAAAUUUUUUAUCCAAAAAAUGUAUUGAAAUGUUUGUUAAAAAGAACGAACUUUCGGAAAAAGUAGAAAUUAUUGAAUCAGUAGAUAAUUUACCUCCCGAAAAUGAAAUUAAUUUAAUUUUUGGUGAACCAUAUUUUAUUACUUCAAUUGUACCAUGGGAAAAUCUUUAUUUCUGGUAUUUAAUUUCAAGAUAUUCAUCUCAAAUACAAAGGAUCCCAAUUGCAGCAACAAUAAUGGGAGUUAUAGUUGAGUUCAAUGAUUUGCAUAAAAUACGAGCACCUCUUGGAGUCUGUGAGGGUUUUGAUCUAUCUAUUUUUGACAAACUUAUACAAGCAUCAAGUGAUAAAAGUGAUAGUCCUGUAGAAGUUCAACCAUUGUGGGAAUAUCCUACUAAAGCAUUAAGUUUACCUUUCGUUAUUAAGAAAUUUGAUUUAACACAAAAUGUAAAUGAAAUUAAAGAUGUAAAUAUUUCAGAAACUGUGCCUAUUUUAACGAAUGGAAUGUGUAAUGGUGUAGCUCUGUGGAUUGAUUGGCAUUUGAAUUCUGAAAUCACAAUAUCGUCGGGACCUACCGUAGAAAUACAAUCUGGAACCCGGAUAUCGUGGGAUCCGUUUACAAGACAAGGCGUACAUUUAUUUAAAGAUAUAACACAUGUUACAGAACAAAGUACUGUUUUAUGGUCAUUUAGUUUUGCACCACAAUAUGGAAAUAUGAAAUUUGAUUUUCGUAUAUUGUCAAAAAAUAUGAAAUAACAUGCUGCAAUAUUUAUAAAAAUAUACUUUUAAAUUAAAAAUGUUA